CUGUUCAAUUGAUCGUCAGUAUGUCGAUUAGGGCGAUCGACUGUAUCCUAAGCUCACAACAGUCCCAUUGCCAUACCAAACUGCAUCCAAGAAUCCUCUACGGACGUCAGCAGCAAUAUUACCGAGUUGGCCGGCGGCCUGGAAAAGCGCGUCCCUCCUAAAGAGACCUAAUGUUCACAAUAGAUGCAGAAGGAUAUGGGCAAGAGCAAACUCCAGGCGGGCAAGCAGUACGCAAUCCAGGUCACCUGGACAAAAAGUGAGCCGGGCUCCUCGGCUGCAACUGAUACGCCUGCAAAGAUACAAAUGAAGAAUACUCAGAAAAAGUACGGGUUUGACCAUACUGCGAUUACUGUUGGUAAAUUUGAAAAGACUGGCAAGAACCACGAUCUGGAUUUUGUGGGAGACUAAAUCGCUCUAUAGAUCCUUAUCACACCAAAGAAUUGAUGC